AUGCAUGAGUAUCCACUAGCAAUUGUGGAUCACCUUGGCUUUAGGAGAUACUCUGCUGCACUCCAACCUGUGUUUCAGGUUCCUACUAGAAACACAAUUAAGAAGGAGAUAAUGAAAAUCUAUGAGAAUGAACGAGCAACAACUUUGAAGUUGUUGGAUAGUCUUGAUGGAAGAGUGGCCAUUACAUCAGACAUGUGGACUUCAACAAGUCAGAAGAGGGGGUAUAUGGCUAUUACAGCUCAUUACGUUGAUGGUUGUUGGAACUUACAAAGUCAGAUUUUGAGGUUCAUUUAUGUUCCUGCUCCUCAUACAAGUGAUAGACUUUGGAAUGUAUUGACUGACUGUUUGAUGAAUUGGAAUAUUGACACAAAACUGUCCACUAUCACCCUAGAUAAUUGUACCACAAAUGAUACUAUGAUUGAUAAAAUUAAGGAUAAAUUGCACUUAGGUAGUUUGCUUAGGGAUGGGCCUUUACUUCACAUGCGUUGUUGUGCUCACAUCCUUAAUUUGAUAGUAAAAGAUGGAUUGGAAGUGGUGAAAGAAGGUGUAGAAAAUAUUUGGGAUAGUGUGGCAUAUUGGACAGCAACACCCAAGAGGAAGGAAAAAUUUGAGGAAACGGCUAAACAAUUAAGAAUCUCUUACACUAAGAAUUUGGCAUUAGACUGCCCAACUAGAUGGAACCCAACUUACAAAAUGCUUGAAAUUGCCAUAGGAUAUGAGGAUGUAUUUUUUCGAUUAAAGCAACGAGAGUCUCAAUAUACUUGUUUGCCAAGUACUUUACAGUGGCAAUUUGCAAAGGAUAUUUGUGGGAGAUUGAAGUUGUUCAAUACUAUCACUGAAUUAUUUUCUUCUACUAAACAUUCAACUGCUAAUUUGUAUUUUCCAAAUAUAUGUGAGAUUAAGUUGGCAAUCAAACAAUGGAUUACCUCUCCUAACCCAAUGGUUCAACAAAUGGCAAAAAAUAUGAUGAUCAAAUUUGAUAAAUAUUGGGGUGUGAUUCAUAAUGUGAUGGGAGUUGCCACUGUUUUAGAUCCUAGGUACAAGAUGGAGUUGCUUGAGUAUUAUUAUGAAAAAUUGUAUGAGCAUGACUCUUUUACUCAAGUGAGGGGCAUUCAACAAUUGUGUUAUGACUUAGUUUCUGAUUACCAAAUGAAAAUGAACAAAGACUCUUUUGGUAGUAAUGUUGGUGAUGUUAUUGGUAGUGAAGUUUUUAAUGGUGUCAAGUAUCCAACACUUCAAGCAAUUGCUAAGGAUAUAUUAUCUAUUCCGGUAUCUACCGUAGCUUUAGAAUCCACAUUUAGCACUGGUGGUCAAGUAUUAAGCCCACAUUGUAGUAGACUUCAAUGGACUACUUUGGAGGCUUUAAUGUGCGCUAGAAGUUGGUUGUGGAGUGCUGAAAAUACGGGUUCUACGAGCUAUAAAGUUGUUGCUGAAUGUGCUACUGUAAUGAAUGAAAUGGUUUCAGAUGAUGAAGAUGAAAUGAUGGGUGCUACUGGUGUCACUAAUUUGGAGGAAUGA